CGUUCUCUUCAUCAUUCGCCAUACUUGUUCGUUGAACUACAGUGUGGGAUUUGGUGUCAGUCGUCUUUUUGACGCUCACUCCAAAUUGUUCAAUAAAAAGCUAUAAAAAGUACAAAAAAAGUUUAAAAUUUAAAAACUCGUUAUAAAAAUACGCUUAUCGACAAGGAGUCGACUGAAACAAAAGGAAACUCGGAGUAAAGCAGAACAACCCCGGACCACAUCAACGCGCUCACGGCCUAACAUACUGCUUGAACAGUAUCACAUAGCAAAGUCAAGUUCCUGUAAAAUUAUUUGUUUGCAAGAAUAUCCAAAAUGAAUACUGGAGGUGGUGCAUCAAGUUAUCCAACAGCUUCACUUUAUGUUGGUGAUCUGAAUCCAGAUGUGACAGAAGCCAUGUUAUUUGAGAAAUUCAGCACUGCUGGACCUGUGCUUUCCAUACGAGUGUGUCGUGACUUGGUAACGAGAAGAUCUCUGGGCUAUGCCUAUGUAAACUUUCAGCAACCAAAUGAUGCUGAAAGGGCCCUUGACACCAUGAACUUUGAUACAAUUAAGGGAAGGCCAUGCCGAAUUAUGUGGUCACAGCGUGACCCUUCCCUUCGCAAAUCUGGUGUUGGUAACAUCUAUAUCAAAAACCUUGACAAAAGCAUUGACAACAAGGCGCUAUAUGAUACAUUCAGUGCUUUUGGGAAUAUCUUGUCCUGCAAAGUUGCACAUGAUGAGUAUGGUGUCUCCAAAGGGUAUGGAUUUGUACACUUUGAGACAAAGGAAGCAGCAGAGGAGGCCAUUGACAAAGUUAAUGGCAUGAUGUUGAAUGACAAGAAAGUGUUUGUGGGCCCUUUCAUCUCAAAAAAGGAGCGAAUGGAAAAAUUUGGUGAUAUGCCUAAGAGAUUUAAGAAUGUUUUCGUCAAGAACUUUGGUGAGAUGGUUGAUCACGAAGAAUUAAAAGAAAUUUUUUCACAGUUUGGAGCUAUCACAAGUUGUAUAGUUAUGACUGAUGAAACUGGAAAGAGUCGGGGUUUUGGUUUUGCUGCUUAUGAAGAUCAUGAAUCUGCUGAAAGAGCUGUCAAUGAAAUGAACAAUAAAGAAAUCAAAGGAAGGAAAAUAACAGUUUGUCCUGCACAGAAAAAGGCUGAACGAAGCAAUGAAUUGAAAAUGAGGUUUGAGAUACAAAAGCAAGAGAGAAUCAAUCGUUACCAAGGUGUGAACUUGUUUAUCAAGAACCUUGAGGACACAAUUGAUGACGAGAGACUGAGAAAAGAGUUCACCCCUUACGGCACUAUCACCAGUGCCAAAGUAAUGAGAGAUGAGAAGAAUGACUCCAAAGGAUUUGGCUUUGUCUGCUUCUCGUCGCCUGAAGAGGCCACUAAAGCUGUUACUGAUAUGAAUGGGAGGAUUCUUGUUUCCAAGCCCCUUUAUGUGGCAUUGGCUCAAAGAAAAGAGGAGAGACGGGCUCAACUUGCCACUCAGUACAUGCACCGUGUGUCUAGUUAUGGCCACGCUGGUGGUGCAUUGCAGUCCCAAAUGUACCCACAAACAGGAGGAAUCUACAUGUCACCUUUUCCUCAGAGGGCCAUUGCUUUGCAACAAGCGCAAGUUCCAAUGCAAGGCAGACCGAGAUGGGCAGCCCCAAAUCAAAAUCAAAUACGAUCAAAUGUGUCAUACAUCCAGACUAACGUUCAGAGGCAGCCGAGACCACGUCAGUCGAUGGGGGCUAGAGGAGUCAACCCACAGGCUUUGGCUGGACGAGGUGCUAUGCCCCAGCCUAGACCAUCUGUGGCACAACCAAGACCUCCAGCAUAUAAGAUCACUGCCACUGUUCGUAAUCAGCCAGCACAGGGCAAUGUUAUGAGCCAGCCAGCCGUCCCACAAGCAGACCCAGGAAUGUCAGUGCAGGAUCCAUUGACUGCAUCAUCUCUUGCCAAUGCAACACCCCAAGAGCAAAAGCAAAUGAUUGGUGAACGACUGUUCCCUAUGGUGCAAGAAUUUGAACACCAUCUUGCUGGAAAGAUCACUGGUAUGUUACUGGAAAUUGACAAUACUGAGUUGCUGCAUAUGUUGGAAUCACGCGAGUCGUUGCACACCAAGGUUGAGGAAGCCGUACAAGUGCUGAAAGCUCAUCAAGCCAAGGAAGCCGCUACUGCCGCCUCUGCGCCCGAGGGUGUUUGAGCGGGCGGAAAGCGUAUCAAAGCAACAACAGUGACUACAAUAUUUCAUUAAUUGGCGCCAAUUUAUUGGUUUACAGGAUGUGACGUUUAUGGUUUGAAUAAAUCAAGAUUGAAGAAACAUGAGUUGUAGUCAAUGAUUAUAGAUAAAAGCUGA